GAGUAGAAGCCAAUAUAGGGAAACGAAGUCCACUCUAAAACUCUCAGUCUCACCCGUCGAUCACUCAGUCUCAAAACUCUCCACCGUUCAACACCGACUGAUUUCUAGGAGUAACUCUUGAUAAAACUCCAUUUUCGAUCACUCUCCAUGGCCAACAAUCCUUCACAACUGCUCCCAUCAGAGCUAAUUGAUAGGUGCAUAGGGUCGAAGAUAUGGGUGAUAAUGAAGGGAGACAAGGAGCUCGUUGGCACUCUUAGGGGCUUUGAUGUCUAUGUCAACAUGGUCCUUGAAGACGUCACUGAAUAUGAGAUCACUGCUGAAGGGAGACGGAUAACAAAGCUUGAUCAGAUUUUACUAAAUGGAAACAACAUUGCCAUUCUGGUCCCGGGUGGUUCACCUGAUCCAGAAUGAGUGCAGCUAGCCUCUACUCUGUUAUUGAUUUCCUCUUCCUCUACCGUGGUUGGGGUCAGAUUACUCUUCUGUUUUAAUGAGAAUUCUGACCACCAAGAUGCUCUUUUUUCCACCGCUUUGUUAUUCAUUAGUUAUCAUGAUUGUUGGAUAAUGGUGGUGGGUCUAACAAUGAUCAUAGAUUAUGAUGGAUUGUGUUUGUCCUAAUAGUUAGUUUGUAUUGCUAAUCAUAGUUAGUGUGCCAUGAGCUCUACUAUUGCUUUAGAUGAUAUUGUAUGGUUUCAAAGACAAAAUUUAACAUUAUCUGCUGCCAGUUAAAUCAAUGCUAAGUAGACUUCUUUGUUAAUUGUAAU